AUGCUCUCGCUCGUAGUAUCGGGUGCCCCCAACGGCCUCCUAGGGGAUGUCCUGGGCGCGGUGGGCACGGUGACCACGACGGUGACACAAACACUGACCUCGGUGGUGAAGACCGUAGCCGGUAUCCCGUGCGACCUCCGUCGGAUCAUCAUUGUCCUGAACGACAACAACACGGCCGUUCUCCAGGCCGCCGCGGACAACAGCACAGCGAUUUGGACCGAGGAGAAGCGCAUUGCCAACAUCCAGAGCAUUGUCACUGCGCUAAAGCAGCACGCGGAUGACACUCAAGGCCCGAUUAUCACACUGCUGGCGGCCGCCGGCGUGCAGUUCAAGAGUCGAUGGAUCACCAACACCAUCGAGGUGCUGAACGCCCCACUGGCCCUCGUCCAGCAGAUCCUCACGCUGGUGAUCGUGAAGGAGAUCAUCUUCGACCUUGUCAUCACGCUGGACCCUCCGACGCCGACUGCCGACUCAACCAGCAACACGCCCACUGCCGGUUGGGGUGCCACCAAGAUCAAGGCGACGAACGUCUGGGCGACAAGCAACACCGGCCAGAAUGUGGUGGUUGGGACGAUUGACACUGGAGUUCGCAGCACGCACGAGGUGCUGAGGAAUAAUUGGGUCGGAGCCUACGGUUGGUACGACCCGGACCAGAAGACUGCGACGCCGUACGAUGCCAACGGCCACGGCACUCACACAAUGGCCACGAUCGCGGGUGGAAAUGGCGUGGGGAUUGCCCCCGGAGUCAAGUGGAUGACGUGCAAGGGCUGUGGAGCCACUUCGUGCACGCUUUCACUGUUGACGGCCUGCGCGCAGUUCAUGCUGUGCCCGACCGACACGAACGGCAACAACUGCAACGCCGCCAAAGCGCCGCACAUCGUGAGCAACAGUUGGGGCGCCGGCCAGGGCAUGACGUACUUCCAGCCGAGCCUGGACGCUUGGUACGCGGCUCGCAUCCUGCCAGUCUUCGCGACCGGAAACAAUGGAGCUAACGGCUGCAGCUCCGUCGUAUCCCCCGGCGACUCGGCCAAGGCCUUCGCUAUUGGUGCCACCGACACGAAUGAUGCCCUCGGCUCGUUCAGCAGCUUGGGCCCCUCUGUCAAUGGCCUGGUGAAGCCCGACUUCGCUGGUCCUGGUGUGAGUGUCCGCUCUGCCUGGAACAGCAACGACACCGCCUACACUUCACUGUCGGGCACGAGUAUGGCUGCUCCGCACCUCGCCGGCACGAUCGCGUUGGCUCUGAGUGCGCGCCCCGGAUUCUGCUUCGAUACCAUGAAGGCGGUUUUGACGAGCUCGACUGAUAAGACACUCCCCAAUGCUGCCACGACCUGCGGCGGGACGGGGAACUCGGUCUUUCCGAACAACCAGUACGGCUACGGCCGCAUCAACGCCCAGAACGUUGUGAACGCAGCCCUUGCGUACUAA